CCCCCGGCCCGCCCCUCCGCGGCGCCAUUUUGCAGGCGGCUGUCGCGGGGACUGGAGGCGGCGGCGGGCACUGCGGCGCAGAGGCGCGGCGGCAGGACGGGAGCCCGGCGAGCUGCAGUCAGCUAGGUCUUGACUCUGCUAACCAGGACUCCCUGUGUGGUUUUGACUUUGGACUUCACAGCACAAGAUGUAGCUCAGCGGCUUCUAACGGAAAGCAUAUGGACAGGUCUGCGCCUCGGCAUUUUGGUGCUAAGAGAUGGCACUUGUGGGGCUCAUCUCUGCCUGAGGAUCGUGCUCCAGGCACUGGAAGAGCCACCUUGGGUCCGGGGCUUCUCGCUUGAACAAGUCUUCCCUUCCAGCCACGCCAGUCCAACGGCCAAACUACUCCCUUCCUCGUAGUGAUGGGUAUUGGUAAGAACACUACGUCCAAGUCCAUGGAGGCUGGAAGUUCCACCGAAGGCAAAUACGAAGAUGAAGCGAAGCAUCCUGGUUUCUUUACUCUUCCGGUGGUGAUCAAUGGAGGGGCCACAUCCAGCGGUGAACAGGACAAUGAAGACACCGAGCUCAUGGCAAUCUACACGACGGAAAACGGCAUUGCGGAGAAGGUGCGCCCUUAACGUCAGCCCCCCUCACCCAGUGCUGCUCGCAGACCCACAGGACGUGGAUGUCCUUCCCCAGGGCUCUGGGUGCCGUUUGGAGUGGAGCUCUCUCGCCGAAACCUUGGAUAGCACUGGCAGUCUAGACCCCCAGAGAUCGGACAUGAUUUACACCAUAGAAGACGUUCCUCCCUGGUACUUGUGCAUAUUUUUGGGGUUGCAGCACUACCUGACGUGCUUCAGUGGCACCAUCGCUGUGCCCUUUCUGCUGGCUGAUGCCAUGUGCGUGGGGUAUGACCAGUGGGCAACCAGCCAGCUCAUCGGGACCAUUUUCUUCUGCGUGGGAAUCACAACUUUGCUGCAGACAACAUUUGGAUGCAGGUUACCCCUGUUUCAGGCCAGUGCUUUUGCAUUUCUGGCCCCUGCUCGAGCCAUCCUGUCUUUAGAUAAAUGGAAAUGUAACACCACAGAUGUUUCAGUUGCCAAUGGAACAGCAGAACUGCUAUGUACAGAACACAUCUGGUACCCCCGGAUCCGCGAGAUCCAGGGAGCCAUCAUCAUGUCCUCGCUGAUAGAAGUGGUCAUUGGCCUCCUAGGCCUGCCCGGAGCACUGCUGAAAUACAUUGGGCCCCUGACCAUCACACCCACAGUGGCCCUCAUUGGCCUGUCUGGUUUCCAGGCAGCAGGAGAGCGAGCAGGGAAGCACUGGGGCAUCGCCAUGCUGACAAUUUUCCUAGUAUUAUUGUUUUCUCAAUAUGCCAGAAAUGUUAAAUUUCCUCUCCCAAUUUACAAAUCCAAGAAAGGAUGGACUGCAUACAAAUUACAGCUUUUCAAAAUGUUCCCUAUCAUCCUGGCCAUCCUGGUGUCCUGGCUGCUGUGCUUCAUCUUCACAGUGACAGAUGUCUUCCCUCCUGACAGCACGAAGUAUGGCUUCUACGCUCGAACCGAUGCCAGGCAGGGGGUGCUUCUGGUAGCCCCAUGGUUUAAAGUCCCAUACCCAUUCCAGUGGGGACUUCCCACCGUCUCUGCAGCUGGUGUCAUCGGCAUGCUCAGUGCAGUCGUCGCUAGCAUUAUCGAGUCCAUCGGGGACUACUACGCCUGCGCAAGGCUGUCCUGUGCCCCUCCACCGCCCAUCCACGCCAUAAACAGGGGGAUUUUCGUGGAGGGUCUUUCCUGUGUUCUCGAUGGAAUAUUUGGUACUGGGAAUGGCUCUACUUCUUCCAGUCCCAACAUUGGAGUUUUGGGAAUUACUAAGGUCGGCAGUCGCCGGGUGAUCCAGUACGGUGCGGCCCUCAUGCUCGCACUGGGCAUGAUCGGGAAGUUCAGUGCCCUCUUCGCCUCCCUCCCGGACCCUGUGCUUGGAGCCCUCUUCUGUACUCUGUUUGGAAUGAUCACAGCUGUUGGACUCUCCAACCUGCAGUUCAUUGAUCUAAACUCUUCCCGGAACCUCUUUGUCCUUGGAUUUUCGAUCUUCUUUGGGCUCGUCCUUCCAAGUUACCUCAGACAGAACCCUCUCGUCACAGGGAUAACAGGCAUCGAUCAAGUGUUGAACGUUCUUCUCACAACUGCUAUGUUUGUAGGAGGCUGUGUGGCUUUUAUUUUGGAUAACACCAUCCCAGGUACUCCAGAGGAAAGAGGAAUCAGGAAGUGGAAGAAGGGCGUGGGCAAAGGGAGCAAGUCCCUCGAUGGUAUGGAAUCCUACGAUUUGCCAUUUGGUAUGAACAUUAUUAAAAAAUACAGAUGCUUCAGCUACUUACCCAUCAGCCCAACCUUUGUGGGCUACACAUGGAAGGGCCUCCGGAAGAAUGCUAACAGCCGGAGCUCAGACGAGGACUCGCAGGCCACGGUAUAGCCUUAGCCCGCCCUGUGGCCUGGCCGCAGUGAGGCAUGUGUCUGUAGUUCUUGCUGAGUAACAAGCAGUAACGUAUAUGUUUAUAUAUCUGCAUUUACAUUUUGCACCUCAGAGCUAAGACAGAUUACAAAUAGCUUUUUUGUCGUGGGUGGUGAUUGUGUCUAAUACGGUGUUUCACCCAGCUCCUUAUUUAAGCCCUUGACCCAUUGCCCUUGAGAGCAUCCAUUGCUGGCUGUGGCCACCAAACUUGAAGUUCCUGUCCUCUUGUGGGAGUGGAUGUUUGAAACACACAGUGAUUCCUUGUUUUCCAUCUCCUUCCACUACCCUGUGCUGGCUUUUCUACAAGCUGUUUCCAGGGGCUUUCUGUCCUAGAAGCACCUGGACCUACUUUGUUAAAAUUUGACCUCGGCCCACACCUGCAGAGACCCCCUGUGGUCAAGGGGCACCAGUAUCCUCACAUUGUCACAGCUGACUGGUCAAAUGUGAUUCUGUGUUCCCUGAUAGUCCUAAGGAGGAGGCUGUUGACCUUUUUGCAGACAGUGUCAUGGUUACCCUGUGCCCACAUCUGUGCAUGGGUAAGGGCUGUACAGAUGUUAGAAUGGAAAUCUAUUUGGGGGAUUAGAGGGGAAGGGAAAGAACCUUGUAGUCAACUACUCUUUUGUCAAUGCUACCCUGGCCCAGUAGGAGCCAGUACAUUCCAUGCUGGCUUCUUUUCCGCUGUAACUGAGACACUAUCUGGCAUUUAUCACUCAUGGUUGGUGUGACGCCUGUAGAGUGCUACACAAGGGCACCAACAAAUGUUUAUUGGAGUCUUGGCUCUGCUGUCAUGUGGAUGUCAGUUAUUGUCAUGUGUGUCUAUAAUUACAAGAUCUUAUUCCUAUUUAAUGUUACUGACUAUAGCAGAUUUUUGAAAUCAGUGUUUUUCCGACCCCCUUACCUUGCAUCCCUAUUACUUGUUCCCCUUCUUCUCACCCCCCAUUAAGAAAAGAACCAGCUUUUGUAAAGCUGCGGAUGCCAUCGGGAAGCUUGUUGUCCUGGCUUUUGAAGGCCAGUAACCAUUAUUGUGGUUGUGUUUGUAUUGCUUGAUACCAUGAAAGUGUAAAUACUGUAAUGCCUAAUCUAUUUAUCAAAAACUGACUACUGGACCAGAACCCAGAAACUGUGGAUUAAGUUAUAUGUGAAUUUGUUUUGUGAAGAAGGGAUGCUGGGGCAGGCAACCAACAGAGCCGCCAUAUUGAAUGGCUUGGCAGCCUGGUAAUUACCUCGCUGCAUUUCUGUUGAAAGUCAUUUCUGGCAUAUAAGGCUUAAGGAGACUUCCUGUGUGUUGCCAUAUUACAUGUCCCCCGCUGGACCUUAAUUUUUCAGAGGGGAAGAUUAGGUCCUGGCCAAAUGCUGCUCUUCUUGUGUAAGUUACUGCAGAAGGUGGUGAGAAAAGCAGCUGGUCCCCCUUCCAUUGAGUUCUAAUUAAUAACACUAAAUUAUUUCUGAAAAAAUGACUUUUAUUGAAUUUGGUUUGAGAAUUUUCAGCCAGAGGAAAAAGCCUGAAACCUAAGUAGUGACCUUGCUACGUGAGGACAUGCUUCCUAAGAAUUAGUUGGCUCUGUCGAGCCCCGGACAGCAGCAGACAUUCCUGUGUCCGACAGCAGGGCAUGGUUCUUGGCAGCCUGCUGUCCACAGGGUGUGUUUCCUGGCCCUGCAGCUGGCUCUGCUUUCCUGCACUGGAUAUCUUUGCAGCAUUAUGAUGUCAGUAUAGUCUCCUUGACUUCUGGAAAGUUUGGGACUUGAAGGCAUAUUCUGGCAAGAAUAUUUGAGAGCCACUGCAUUGUUCUGCCAAGAUCUUACUGCAGAUUAAGUAAAAGAUUCAGAUUCUAAAUUACAUUUAAAUUUGUAUGUUGUUUUUUACAAUUGCAUUCAGUGAAUAGUUACUUUAGAACCACACAGGUUCAUGAUUUUCAUCCUUUUACCUUGGUGUAAGGCCUUGAGGCCGACAGCCCUCCUACACUGAGUCAUCUCACUUCCUUCUGUUUGUAUUUCUGUUCAGCAUCUCCAAUUUCUCUGCUCAGACAGGCAGGGAAAACUGUUAAACAUCCCAGAGGUUAGCAGCAUUCUAUCUCUGUAGGUGAGCAGAAGGACCAAAACCCAACUAAAAAGCAUCUGAACCAUGGGUAAAUCAGGAACAAGCUCCUUUCAGCUUAACUUGACCAGGCAUCCUCCAUCCCAGUGGUUAACACGCAGGCUGUGUGCUUCAAAUGUCCAGAAACCCACUGCCUUCUGACACCCCUCCUGGGCCGGGUUUUAUUGGGAGGUUUCAAAUCUGCUGGUCCAGGAGGUCUUCCCGCAAGCACUCAAAUGUGGAGGGAAGACCCAUACCACACCUCCUGUUGGGCAGAGGGGUUUUGCCUUUCUUGUUCAAUUGGGGCCAACUUCAGAUUUUCUGUCCAUAGUGGGAGAAGGGGACUGGAGGUAGGGAAGAAAGAGGGCAGCCUGACCAGAGGGCCCAUUGAACUUUCUGCCUGGCCUGGGAAAAUCACUUUUGCUUGACUGGGUGGAGUUUCAUGUUAAUGUGCAGCACCCCAUCCAUUCAAAAAAUAGUCCUGCUGCCAGCAGAUAUGCUGCAGAGGGAGUCUGUGGUUGAAAGAAACAUGCAUUCAUCUGUUCCUGGGGUCGAAGCACACACCUGAAGGGGAGGUUUGGGGGGCAUGGUGGUCAUGCCGGGUCUGAGCCUGUGUACUUCCCGCUUGCCUUGUUGGCCUGCAUUGCUGGGGCUGCAUACCUACUGUGCCGCAUUGGGCCAACAGAAUGCUUUAAAGUAUUUUGGAUGUAACAGUCCUUGGGCAGGGCAUCCAGGCUCCAGUUUCCACAGUGACCACCUGUGUACUGUCUUUGCAUUUACAUUAGUGAUCCAGAUGCGGGAAGUAGAAGUAUUUAUAAGGAUACUCCAGUGGGGUCCACCGCUGGUUUUAAUAAAAUGUCUGUAUAACAUGGGUCACAGAAAAUGGGAAAUGGCUCCAGUCUUUGUAAGUAAUUGUCAUUCUCAGUCUCACUAGGGAAUUGAGCUUAGAUUGAUUGAUACAGAAUAUUUCUUAAGAGGGCUUCAAAUGUUAACUUUUAUUGUUUCUUAAGAUUGAUCAAAGCAAGAGAAUUGGCUUAACCAAGCCAGCUGGGAUGAGGGAUCAUGGGUCCUGAUGGUUUCCUGUUUCCAUGGUAACAAAUUCACACACACACACACACACACACACACACACAAUUUGCUUUAUACUGUAGAAUACUGACUUUCAUGAUGGCAACUUGGUUUAUGCAUGAAUAUUGCAGUAUUUCCAUAUAGUAAAAUAACAUUUCUACCCAGGAUAAUAUAGUUUUCCAGGGAGGGAAUGAUAUAAUUUUCAUGACAAUGUCAUGUGAUAAUAGAAUUUCUCCAUUGAUGAAUCUCUAGUAUGUGUGUAUACUUUAUUUACCCAUGUGUAUACUUUAUGGCCACGAGCUAAGUUGUUUCUUUAAUUCAUGUCCCUGGGGUAAUAUUGGUACUAGCAACUUAGACUUGAGGUUGGCAACUAUAACCUUCCAUAAUAUUGAUCACAGAGUGGCCUGGCCAGACAGAAGGCCAAUAAGGAGCUGUGGCAGAAGCCUCCUUCCAGAGCCUGUCUGGCGCAGGGAGAGGAAGCAUCCUUCAGGCAGCUGUACCGGGGGUGUGCGCUCGGCUGCAGACAUUGUCCUGGCGUGGCUGCUGCUGGACACUCAGUGUGUGCAGGAAGCGGCACCCUGGACACUGAGGUGGUGCGCUGUGUACACACUUGAACUCCCACGGGGCCACUGCUCCAGGGAGCCACCCAUUGGCUUUAGAGAAGAGCCUGGGGUUUCAUGUGUUCUGCGUGUGGUGCUCUGUCCCCUUAUGAUUCAGACACAAGUAGAACAUUUCCCUGCACCCCUCCUGCAACACAACCUGAGUAGUGCAAGAAGACCACCCAUGGUUGCCAGCGUCCAGCUCCCGCACAUGGACCUUUAAAGCAUGUGGGUGCUGGGAUCCCUUUUCAGAGCCUCUCAUACAUUCCUGCCCUUUCCAGUCCUUGAUUGCGCCUCCUAACAUCCAGCAUCCUUAGAAUUGUGUAUUUCCUGGCACUUAAGACACUUACCAGUGUUGCCAUCUUACUGACAGCUCAAGUUAAUACCCUGUUUGUUUUGUUUGUAACAAUCUUUGUUUGACACAUUAAUAAAUUUCUGACUGUUCUUAAAACAGUGGGGAUGUCUAUAUUUUCCUUGAGUUUUUGUGACUGACUUUGGCUCUCUACCUUUCCAGGAUUUAUUUUGUUUGUUUUUAUUUUGAAUACUGAGGGUAUCUGGGGGUGGGGUUGUUUUUUGAGAUGUGUAAUUCUUUUAUGGAGUUUCUAAAAAGAAUUUUCAUAUUGUUUUUCUAACAUGGCUUCAUUAAUCGUUUAAGUAUUUUAAAAAUAUGUAAUAUUUGGACCAGAUGUUGUGAAUAAUAGUAGAGAUAAAGCUAUUUUAUUCUGUAUUUUUAAAACUGUUCCAUACAAAUAAAAGCUCUCCUGGAUGCAG